AUGCUACGAGCUGAUCCUCGUAUUGUUGUCCUUGGAUUAUGCUUAGCUUUGUUUGAAGCAUCAUUAUUUCUAUUUGUUAUUAACUGGACACCAGUUUUUGAAAGAACUAGAAGUUCAACUGAUCAGAAUUCAUUACCAUUAGGUUUUAUUUUUGCUGGUUAUAUGUUAGUAACAAUGAUUGGUUCAUUUGUUUUUUAUCUUCUUGUUAAAUGGACCAGAGUUAGUUAUUUCAGAGUAGUUUUUCUACUAGCUGCAGCCGGAAUGACAAUACCAAUUGUAUUUCCAAAGUCAUUAAUAUUAAUUAUAAUUGGCUUUGUUCUGUUUGAAUUCUGUGUUGGUAUUUCUCGCCCAUCAAUAACUGUAUCCAAAAAUACAUAUAUGCCAAAUGAAAUUCGAUCAACAAUAAUCUGUUAUAUACGUAUACCACAAAUUCUUAUAAUACUGAUUGUUUUAUUCGCUGACUUUUCAAUAUCUAUGGAAUUAAUACUUUGUGUAUCUUUUAAUCUAGUAGCUAUGUUAUGUAUGCUUGUAUUGCGUGGAUUAAAAAUACCGGAACAACAAGCAUAUGUAAAUGAAACAGAAAUACUUUUGGAUAAAUCAUCAACACCUCUAUCUGAAAUGGAAUGA